UUAUUUAGGAACUUGACAACUAGAGAGGAUGAUAUUUUAAAUGGUUAUAUAUAUGUUGGUGAGACUUUAUGUAUACUCGAUUGUCCGUCUCCAUUAUUUACAAUUAGAGAGUGGGAUAUGUUUUAUAUAAUGUCAAUUGUUAUGGGUGGUAUAUCCAUGAUUGCUUCUUUAUUUUUAAUAAUAACCUAUAGCCCAAUAAUAAAUAGAAAGAUUAAUAAAACUUCACUUGCAAUAUUAUCGAUGGCAGUUAGUAUCUUUUUAAUGUCCUCAACAGAUGGUUAUCAAAUAUGGGAUGUAGACAGGGGAUUCACUAAAUAUUGCCCCGAUAAAGGUAGAUAUGCCAGACAAUCCGAUCGAAGUUGUUUAGCAACAGGAUUAUUAUUUCAAUAUGGCUCAGUAUCAGCAAUUAUGUGGUGGUCAGUUUUAGCAUUUGAUUUGUGGAUGUCGAUAAAAAAGAAAAAAACAGGUAAAAGACAAAUAUUUUAUUAUUUUAUAGGUAUUAAUAUUAUUUCAAUUGUGUUUACCCUAGCACCAAUAGGCCAUAAUCAAUAUGCUUAUAAUACGGCUUCAAUUGGAUGUUGGCUAUCCGAAUUAAAAUAUCAACUUGCUUUUUUUUUUAUUCCACUUGCAAUAGUCCUAACAUUUGGUUCAGUUUUUAUAGUUUUAAUUCUAUAUGAAAUUUAUAAACUAUCAGAUAUAGUGGAGAAAAAAACAUUAAAAAAAUAUAUUAGACCUUCAAUAUUAAUUAUAUUGAUGUGUUUGGAAUUUUAUUAUAUGGUAAUAUAUUAUUCCUAUAUCACCAAAGAUGAAAAGAAUGUAGAAAAAAGACUAGUUAAUUAUAUUAUAUGUUUAUUCGAAAAUGAAAAUAAACCAGGAGGUACAGAUAAAUGCCAUUUUAAAACUCUGUCACCAUCAGCACAAUUUAUAUUUUUAUUUUCAUACCGUAUUAUGGGUUUAGAAGGUUUGAUAUUCUAUGGAUUUACUACUCAAACAAAAAAAAUUUGGAAAAAGUCUUAUUUAUUUAAU